UCAUCUCUCGCUCUUUCCCAAUAUGUUUCUCUGGCAAAUAAUCGUCACUAAUUUGGUGAUCGCACAUACUCAGUUGAAAACCAUACGACUGCUCAACCAGAUGAAAUUACAGUUCAGGCAAAAACUAAGGAGAAAGCGGGCUCUGUUCGAUCUAGAAACAAGGAGGAAUCGCCGUCGUUUCCAGCGACGCCGUUGGUUACUCACCUCGAUCUCCAUCGCUUCUGCUGUAUUCAACGGUAGGACAUGUAAUCGGACAUUCUGGCGGCGGAGACAUGCACAUGCUUUGUGGAGAGAUGAUGCCCGCGCCCCUGACUUCAACGAUCAGGAAUGGCGGAAGCAUUUUCGUAUGUCCCGUGACACAUUUGAAUAUAUAGCAGAACAGCUCCGACCCCUACUUGAUAAAAGAACCCCGAAUGGACAGCCGCGAACCAUUCACUACAAGAAAAGACUGGCAAUUGUUCUGUGGUGGCUGGCAACCCCGACCGAAUAUAGGAGCCUUGCAACUUUAUUUGGAAUUGGUAUAUCAACUCUCUGUAACCUUACCAGAGAGGUCUGCCAUGCGAUAAAGGAGACUCUAUUGCAUCAGUACAUAUCCCUCCCUGCCGGACAUCGCAUUCAAGAAACAAUAAAUGGUUUCGAACGGAGGGGGUUUCCCCAGUGUGCUGGAGCCAUUGAUGGCACACACCUUCCCAUCAUUGCUCCCUGCGACAGUCCCGCCGAUUAUCACAAUAGGAAAGGUUGGCACUCAAUCAUUCUCCAGGCGAUAGUGGACCACAAUUACUGUUUCACAGACAUUAAUAUUGGGUGGCCAGGGCGGACUCACGAUGCGAGGGUGUUGGCGAACUCUGAUUUUUUCCACAGAGCGGAGAAUGAUGGCCAGUUGUUUCCAGAAGAGCAUAACCGAAUAAUUGAUGGAGUGGAAGUACCUGUAGUGAUCAUCGGGGAUCCGGCCUACCCCCUCAAACGAUGGCUAAUGAAAGCGUUCCCCAACACCGGGCAUUUGACCAGGGACCAGCACAAUUUCAACUUCAGGCUGAGCUCAGCGAGGAUGGUCGUUGAAAAUGCCUUCGGGCGCCUGAAGGGGAGAUGGAGGCGCCUUCUCAAGCGGAAUGAUGUCGAUACUGCCUUCGCGUCAGAGGUAGCAGCGGUAUGUUGUGUGCUUCACAACAUAUGUGAGGUUUACAGGGAACAUUAUUACCCUGAAUGGGAUGUCCGACGAGAAGAAGAGAGACGAGUGCACCAGCCAGUGAUUAAUAACCCUGUACGUAGACAAGGCCGUGAUGCUGAGGCAAGAGCCAUUCGGGAAGCUAUCAUGAAUUUUUUGAGGGCUUAAAAUACAUACAAAAUGAUGGAUACCAAGGACUCCUAUUUUAGUUGCAGUGUGAACAUCUGUGACAGUAUAUGAUCAUUAAUGUCGUUUGAUGAUUAAUCAAAGCAUCGUACCUGAUAUGAAAGAAAUAGUUACUAAGUAUUUCAAACUUAAAGUGGCAGCUUAUGGUAAAUUGCAUUUUUUUAUCUUUAUUGCAACUUGGAAGAAAAGUUUUGUUUCCGUGAACCUCUACAGACAAAAACUUGUUUUUCCCCUAUUUUUCACAGAAAGGCCGUGUAUUCCAAAAUUUCAUUUUUAAUAAUGAAAUACUAAUCAAAGAGAUCAUUGACUUUUUCACUCCAUCAUCAUGCUAAAUUUGAAAUAUAAAUAAUAAAAACGUCUUUCGAGUUAAUACAGGGUAUUAUUGAUCUACAUGUACUUGCUGCUCACCAGCACAAAUCUCUAAAUGCCUAUUAUCUCAUCUUGUGCCAUUUCGAGUUGUUUGUCCGAAACUUAAAUUUUUCUAUACGUAAAUGUGUUGUACAGUUAAGCAACUUCACACUUGAACUUUAUAAAGGUUUCAAAUUAUGUUAACCAAUGUUAUCAACCCGACUCAACCCCUUAUUUUCUCAUAAUUAUUUGUAUUCGCCAAUGGCUCUGGGAACUACUUCUCUCUCCCUCUUUUUACUUCAUUCAAUCCCUUAAAUCAGGAAUUUUUUUUUUCAUGCAGGCAAAUUUUUGUCAUUGAAUUUAUUGAGAUUUUUUCUUAUUUUCUCCUUCAUAUUUUUGGAAUAAAUGUUACUUUUCAAGUUAUCAAU